GUGACGUAGUACGCAAAUGUCCGCAGCUCAAGGCCUGCUAGUGGACGGAAGCGCAGUGUGAGCGCAGAGCAGCUGGUGUCUUCAAGUGGAAAACAAGAAGAAUACAACAUACCGUUGUGCUUUGUGAGAAGCUAUCUCUUCCUUAUUAAAUCUGCCCUUGAAUUGUCUUCAUAUCUUUUAAGAGGAUUUUUGAAGGUGAAGUUCUUCUUGAAUGCCCAAGACAAAGACAGCACCGUUUUCACCAUGAACAAGAAUAAACGUGAGAAAGAAUAUUACAGCAUAGAUGUUGGAGAUUCAACUUUCACUGUUUUGAAGAGGUAUCAGAAUUUAAGACCCAUUGGAUCUGGAGCACAAGGCAUCGUCUGCUCCGCGUACGACCACAUCCUUGAACGAAAUGUUGCAAUUAAAAAACUAAGCCGACCUUUUCAGAAUCAAACCCAUGCCAAACGGGCUUACAGAGAACUGGUUCUUAUGAAAUGUGUCAACCACAAAAAUAUAAUUGGCUUACUAAAUGUAUUCACACCACAGAAGACACUUGAAGAAUUCCAGGAUGUUUAUCUUGUGAUGGAGUUGAUGGAUGCUAAUCUGUGCCAGGUGAUUCAAAUGGAGCUGGACCACGAGAGACUCUCCUACCUGCUUUAUCAGAUGCUCUGUGGCAUCAAACACCUACAUGCUGCUGGCAUCAUACACAGGGAUCUGAAGCCCAGCAACAUAGUAGUAAAAUCUGACUGUACGCUGAAAAUUCUUGACUUCGGUCUGGCCCGGACGGCUGCUACCGGACUCCUCAUGACCCCUUACGUAGUGACACGCUACUAUCGUGCCCCAGAGGUCAUUCUCGGCAUGGGUUACCAAGCCAAUGUGGAUAUUUGGGCUGUUGGCUGCAUUAUGGCAGAGAUGGUGCGGCACAAAAUCCUUUUUCCAGGGAGGGACUAUAUUGACCAGUGGAAUAAAGUAAUCGAGCAGCUGGGUACACCAUCUCAGGAGUUCAUGAUGAAACUGAACCAGUCUGUGAGGACUUAUGUGGAGAACAGGCCCCGCUAUGCUGGCUACAGCUUUGAGAAGCUCUUCCCAGAUGUGCUGUUCCCUGCAGACUCUGAAAACAACAAACUAAAAGCGAGCCAGGCGCGAGACUUGUUAUCCAAAAUGCUGGUAAUAGAUACAUCGAAACGAAUCUCGGUGGAUGAGGCCCUCCAGCACCCCUACAUCAACGUGUGGUACGAUCCAUCAGAAGUGGAAGCGCCUCCACCAGCUAUAACGGAUAAACAGCUCGAUGAGAGAGAACACACAGUUGAAGAGUGGAAAGAGCUCAUAUAUAAGGAAGUGCAGGACUUGGAGGAGCGGACGAAAAACGGGGUGAUCCGAGGACAGCCAGCCUCACUAGGUUCAGCAGUGAGCAUUGACUCUCAAGAGCCCUCGACGUCGACCUCCUCCAUAAAUGAGGUCUUGUCCAUGUCCACCGACCCCACCCUGACCUCGGAUACAGACAGCAGUCAGGAGACCUCCACUGGACCACUGGGCUGCUGCAGAUGACUAUCCUCGUUCCUCCAGUCCCUGCCCGUCUUCACUGGCGCAGCGUUCAUGCCAGUUUGGAAACAUGUCCUCCUUUCUUUUUCAAACUGACAAGUUCUUUUGAAUUGACAAAAAUACGAAGCAUUAACCUGAUUACUUUAAUUUGAUUCUUAAUUAGACAGAUUGAAGCAACAUUAUUUUGUCAUUCGGAUUUGGAAUGGUUUGAGUUUAUUUGUAAAGAUAAAGGGUAAUUAUAUUUUUCAAGAUUCAGGUUUUAUUUUUGGGGUUUGCAGAGAGCCAUUUUAAUCCUUUAUUAGUGGAGGUUCAGUAAAUGGAACAUCCAUUACCUGGCUAAAUGUCAGCAAUGAGUAUUUCCACAUUGUUACUACUUUUUCGGAGUCAGUGGUGUAUAAAAUUAAUCAAAUCGUAGUUUGUUCAGCUGCAGUUUUAGCGACACUUUGUUUUGGUCUAAGAAGCAAAGAUUGUUUUAAUAUGAACUUUACAUAAAAACAAUUAGUUCACUUUUUAAAAAAAACAGUAGUUUAUUUGGUUGUCUUAAAAGAAAAAAAAACCACGUGCUUUUAGGGUUUACUCUCUUCUCUUUUUAUUUCUAAUUGAAGUACACAACAUAGUAUUCUCUGUGUAAAAACAAUUUUUUUUCUGUUAUGUAAUGUAGUCUGUACAUAUUUCAAUCUAUAACAAAGAAAACUCAGAGCUUUCUUUUAUGCUUUCAUUCAGUGUAGCCCAGUACAGGAAUAAAACACAAUUUAUCUUCUUAUAAAGCUCUUGUUUUGAACCGUUCAUUUUGAAAUGAAAAUGGGUAUUUGGCUUGUAGCAACAUGUGAAACAACAGGGUCCAUGCGUAUACAUUUACAGUACUCGUGUUUGAUUUACAACCAGUUGCCCUGUAUCUGUUAGCUCAUGUUAUGAGAAACAAAAACCACUCCCAAAGGUGAUUUCAUUAAUGUGAUUUAGUAUACAGUGAUCAUGGUAAAUGGAUGGAGACAUAGUCUGGGGGUUCACAAUGGAUCCCCAAGGGAACCACUUCUUUUUAAUAGACUAGUGUUUUAUGAACAUGACUGCCUGACUUUCAUAAAAAAGGUGGCUCCUUCAAUUUCCAUUCUAAUGUUUUGGGGAGAAAUCACAUAUUUCAAUUGUUAUGCAUUUGGCAAAUGUGAUGUUUGGAAUGUAAUUAUGUUUACAAUAAUGUAGUGCAAACUCUUGUACUACUAUACACUGUAUGUAAAGAAUACAAAAACCCUUCUGAACUAAAAUUGAAGCUAAAUUUAGAAAUUUUUAUUUUGCAUGUAAAAUGGAUAAAGUGCCUGAGUCCUGCAUUCAUUCCUGAAUUCGAAAGAUGGAGAAAUUUGGGUGAGGUUUUCCAAAGUAAUACUGUUCAUAUCAUGUGCAGUGUGUAUUUUUCUAUUGUAUUGGUAUGUUGUAGAUUGAAAGGGUAAGGCAUGUUGGGAAGAUGAUAGAACUUAAUUGUGAUCUGUUCAUUUGUAAAGGGAAGUUUUUUCAAGCAAGGUCUUUCAUCAAAGUAAUAGAAAAUUGGAAAUUGGCUAUUUUUGGUAUGUGUAUAUGGUUUGCAGCUUUAUUUUGUUGACGAAAAUAUGCAAGAUGUUGCGACAAAUGCUGUCUGGGGACUACGUUUCCCAUGAGGCAAUGCUAUAGAAUGUAAAUGCAUAUGUGUGGGGAUAGUUGGGGGAUGUAGGGAAAGUGAAGGUUAGUGAUUGGCCUACAUAUUCUGUAUUUUAUUCGAAUUGCAUCACAGACAAUAAUUAUUUUUAACUUGACAUCUUUUUAUUCUUUUAAUUGUAAGUGCUCUUAUUUUUCUUUGCUUUUUUUUGGGAAGUUAACGAAUUUUAAGUUUAGUUUUUUGUUUUGUUUGUUUUUGCUUUUAUCUCAUCUCUCAAAAAUGUUAUAAUUAAGAUCAAAGUAGGCUUUGAUGAACUACCUCACUCUAAAUUUCUACCAAUUUGUUUUCUUUUGCAACGUAGCUGCCCAUACGAUAGAUGUUAAUACAGAUUUCAUUAUUUAUUUAUUUUGAAAGUGAACUAUUGUCAAUAGUUAAUUUUGUACAUUAUGUAUACUUCACCAAGAAGUAAAAGAACUAAAAUGUAAAUUGAUCUUUUUGUUCAUUUAAUUUCUUUGUAUUCAUUUUUUUACAGUUCAUGUGCAAUACCCACUGCUGUCAAGCUAAUUGUAAUCAAUAGAUCUAGACAUGUUAGUUUUAUCCACCUAGAGUUAGAGAUACGUUUGGUACUGUCAGUUAAAAUCCAUGUUUUUGUCUUUUUAAAUCUGGAUUUGUUUUUUAUUAUUAUUUUUACUACGAUAGUCAUGAUGUUACAAACCUGUCUUACCAAAAACUAAAAAUCAAUGUCUGACAAAGGUGUUAGGAAGGUGUUGAUGAAUGGCCAUUGGAUUUUGAUCAUCCUUGUAAGGCCUAUUCAAAAGCAUCUGUAAAAUAUAUUGAAUUGUCAACUUGUUCAUAUUUGGUGCAGGUAUGUAAAAUUUGCUAGCAAUGCCAGCCCUACGGUUAGUUGUAAAUUUUUAGCUCUGUGUGCACUGAACCGCAUACAGAUAAAUGAGAAGUGCACUACUACACUGAAUGCAUUGGGAUCUUAUGAUACCAACGUGUACAUGUACUGCAAAUAAACACUUCAGUUUGAA